AUGUGCCUAGCUCUUCCUUUUAUUGAUAGAUCUGCCUUCGGUCUUGUCAUUCCUGUCUCAACUGGCAUGUCACUGGACGCGUACGCAUACAACGAAGGAACUCUACUUUACUUUAUGUCUUCUCCUGCCCAGGAUAUCGAGAGUUUGAAGCAUGCUGACCCUUUACGCAGGCCUUACUGUCCUCUGAGAUCUUCUCUAAAAUCUUCCGAAAGGGAUGACUUAUUGAAUAUAGAAGAAGGUAUGAAGGAAGAGGGGACAACUGCUAUGCGUUACGCAUGCUACAAAGGGACUAAACUUGACUUUCUGUCUUCAGUAGGGCAGGAUAUCUUGAGGCAGCGUGGCCUCAUUAAGAGACGGAAACAUUCGAUAAAUGGAUGGCGGAAAGACUUCUUCGAAACCUCGCUUUCUUCUGCCAUUGUCUGGAAGGUCUUAGAAGGGUUCGCCUUUUAUCGCGCUAAAUCCUUUAAUUUAAGCCUUUGGUCAAGCGAUUCCUUUCAAGCAAAGCCUGGAAAGAGCGGUAUCGAUGUUCCUUCGGGGUCUUCAAUAACCUAUCAUGUCGAUAUCAAAGGCCAUGAAAGAGUUCCAAAAGUUUCAAGCAAUGCGAUCAAAGAAGCUGGGGUUUCGGUUCAGUAG